GGUACCAAAAUGGCCGCUCACAGGAUAGUAAACAUGGAUUUUUGAUCUCUCGUGUGUUUUUCAAAGAUAUACGACGACGAUAUUUUGAAAUUGAACGCAUAACAGGGGAUAAAAUGAAACUGCCGUCCGUCGCAUCGCUAUUAAUUCGCGUUUACAGAACAACAGGUCCUGUGUCACACAUUCAGAGGAUCAGACAUGGAGCUGUCCUCAAUAAAAACUAUUCAUCUGUGUCUGCAGUCAAAAACUGCACUGCACUCCUGUACAGGAAUCACGGGGAGCCCUCACAAGUUGUCCAGUUGGAGUCUCUGGAUCUUCCUCAGGUGGGAGCUGAAUGUGUCCUAGUGAAAAUGCUAGCGGCUCCCAUCAACCCUUCUGACUUAAAUAUGCUUCAAGGCACAUAUGCCAUCCUGCCUGAGCUUCCGGCAGUGGGGGGCAAUGAGGGUGUGGCUCAGGUGAUGGAGGUGGGAGACAAGGUCAAAACACUCAAAGUGGGCGACUGGGUGAUUCCAAAAGAUGCUGGCAUAGGCACAUGGAGAACAGCAGCAGUUUUAAAGGCUGACGAUCUGGUGACUUUACCUAAAGACAUUCCUGUACUGUCCGCAGCCACUCUGGGGGUCAAUCCAUGCACCGCUUAUAGGAUGCUCACAGACUUUGAGGAGCUCAAAGCAGGUAGGCAGUGCUCAUGAUUACACAUCGUGAAAUAAAAAAGGGGUAGUUCACCUUAAAAUGAAGAUUCUGGCCCGUAUCAUACACUCAGCACAAUCAGAUGCAAGAUGUGUUUCCACAAUGUGUUGCUAUUUUCAGACCAGCGCAAACUUAAUUUUUUCAUUUUCUGCUACGUUGUUUAAAUAGCAAAUCCAUUUACACCACUUUGUGGAAUCAUGGGUGUUUCGGUAUAGAACAGAGGUGUGUUACGGUGCAUUGUUGGAGUGUUGCUAUUUUGAAGAACUAAAAUAGACUGUUUAAUAGACCAGCUGAAAGCUGCUCUAAAGUCCGAGGCACUGAGAGGAUUUUUCCGUUCUUAAAUUAGCUAAAGUGGAUUCGGAUACGCCCUUAAUGCUUUUGCACCAUGUGCUUUGACUUUGCACCAAGAUUGUUUAAAUAGAGCUCACAGUCAUUUAGAGGUUUAGUUCAUACCAAAAUGAAAAUUGUUCACUCCAAAAUUAUUAUUCUGGUAUUAAAGGGUCAGUUCACACCCAAAUUAAUAUUCUGACGUUAAAUAUUCUGAUAUUAAAGGGUCAGUUCACACCCAAAUUAAUAUUCUGACGUUAAAGGGUCAGAUCACACCCAAAUUAAUAUUCUGACGUUAAAGGGUCAGUUCACACCCAAAUGAAUAUUCUGACAUUAAAUAUUCUGAUAUUAAAGAGUCAGUUCACACCCAAAUUAAUAUUCUGACAUUAAAUAUUCUGAUAUUAAAGGGUCAGUUCACACCCAAAUUAAUAUUCUGACAUUAAAUAUUCUGAUAUUAAAGGGUCAGUUCACACCCAAAUUAAUAUUCUGACAUUAAAUACUCUGAUAUUAUAGGAUCAGUUCACACCCAAAUUAAUAUUCUGACAUUAAAUACUCUGAUAUUAAAGGCUGAGUUCAAACCCAAAUUAAUAUUCUGACAUUAAAUAUUCUGAUAUUAAAGGGUCAGUUCACACCCAAAUUAAUAUUCUGACAUUAAAUAUUCUGAUAUUAAAGGGUCAGUUCACACCCAAAUUAAUAUUCUGACAUUAA